GGGCUUCCUUUCAGGGUUCGGGCUGCCGGUUGCUUUUACUUAUCGCUCGGGUAAUUCAAGAUGGCGGAGAUCGCGAGCAGGCGAGCCGCCGUCGGCAUUUAAAGACGCCACCUAUGGCCUUGACAAGCUUGCAGCGCCAAUCAAGAGCCUCCUGUCUCCUCUGGUCAUCCUGUGGAGCCGGCCUCAGGCCCAGAGCAGCGCUGCCUGCCUUUGUCUUUCCCGUCGUCUUUCGUGGGCGAUCAGGCCCUGGCCAGGGUAGUGCCCAGGGAGGAGGAGGAGGAGGAGGAGGUGUUUGGCGCCGUCCUCCCCCGAAGGACCUGUACGAACUGCUGGGUGUGCAGAGCAACGCCACUCAGGCCCAGAUUAAGACUGCUUACUAUAAACAGUCCUUUCUCUACCACCCAGACCGCAAUGCGGGCAGUAUGGAGGCGGCUGAGCACUUCAUCCACAUCACUCAGGCCUACCAGGUGUUGGGCAGCCUCGGCCUGCGCAAGAAGUACGACCGUGGCCUCCUCACCCAGAAGGACAUUUCUACUGCUAAGAAGCCCUCGGGCAAGACUAGACCAACAGCUCAGACAGUCCCCAAGAGGAGCCAGACUUUCACAUAUGGUCGUCCUCCGGACAAGCCCAUCUUCAACUUUGACGAAUUUUACCGAGCCCAUUACGGCGAGCAGUUGGAACGGGAGCGCCUUAUGCGGCUGAAGCAGCAAAGCUGGCAGAAGCACCAAAUGGCCAUGAAGGAGAGGAAGUACAGACUAUUUGAUAGUUUUCUCCUCAUGCUGUUUUUAUCAGGCGUCAUAAUCUUACUCAGAUUCCAGUGAAGAGAAGAGAAGAAAGCUGUGCUAACCUCAUACGCUGAUCUCUUGUAGAAGUUUCUGAAGCAGGCAAGACAGAGCAGUGCCAAGAGAUUUGUGGACUUCUACUGUAGGGCACUCAGCAGUGUUUGGGUUCUAUGAACUAUCUCUUGGGGAGCCUUCAUCUAGUGCCCAGAGGACUUGACAAUUUCAGAAGGAUUUGAAGCAAUCAUAGCUUUAAGUGGGUUAAUUGACCAUGCACAUUGGGAGAAGAAAUAUAGGUGCUUGCCAGUGUCAGAUAUUAAGUGAUCACCAAAUGCCACUUCUGUAGCAUGGAA